AUGGCCGCCAUCAUUGGAGGAACUGUGGCAGGAGUCGCGCUUCUAGCUCUCCUACUAACCUGUAUCAUAGUGCGAUUAACUCGCACAGGACAAAGAUCAUCUGUGACCCCUUUCAAUCUUUCCUCAACUGCACAGCGCAACAUCGCCGUUCCGAGUCCUCUGAGCGGUAGAGGCACAUUCAUCAUCCACCCUGAACAUUUCGAUUCUUGUACCACACAGAAUUCUAGGGAUGGAUCUCCGUCUACCCCGUCCCGUGUCGAUCCCAUACCAUUUCAGUUAUUCAAUGAUAGUAGCACCUCUCCGUCCACUGUUGCAAGGCGCCGACGGUUCUACGAGCUAGAAAAGCUGCAUCCGUCUUGUGCCCAUUCUCCAGAUGUGAUUGUUCCCGAGAGCCAAGCGAAGAGCUACCAGCUUACCCUCCACAGCGUGACCUUCAAGUUCCGACGCACCCAGCGGAAACUGCAUGUACUUGGAGAAGCACGAGGAAUAUGGCCUCUUCCCGUUCGCCAGUCCCAACGUGCCAAUGGUCUCUCUUAUGAGAAGUCUAUGGGCCCAUUUUCAGCUGAAAUUGACGCGAUAAUAAUUAGCACAGACGCUAAUCCUACACUACGUGUUUCGCGGGUAGUAGAUUUUUUUUUGACAGCAACCCGAGCCGCAAAGACCGAUGUCGCUAUUCCGACUCGCAUACCCGGGACAACUAUAAGCGCAGCUCCAUUCUUCCAGCGCACCACUAUAUUACAUGUCAUGACGAAUGCUAUCCGUGUGCUGGAGCCCGGCGGUGAUGAAGGACGAGUCAUCAAAGAUAUGGACGGUAGUUUGCCUCGGGCAAAAAUCAAAUCAUGCAGUAUUUGCGAUCCCUUUGUACUUAUCCUGCGAGAAGACGAGUUUAUCGGUCUUUUUAUUGGUGAAACGGAGCGAGGAAAGAUUCGAUGCAAGGAUAUGUCUCCAAUGGGUGACAAGAUCUGGUCACUACCGAAGUCGACUGUGGUAUUCUCGACCACUGGAGAAUAUACUUACUCUCCUGCUGCAUUGUCUUUACCACAAGAGCCGCCCAUAAAGCCUCAGGAUAUUGACAUCGAUCAAAUUCUCGUUGCACCAUUAGGCUAG